AUGUAUUUUCGUCGAUAUCGUUUAUUAAAAGUGUUACCGAUUCUUAUUUGUUUAAUAAUUCCAUUGUAUCAUGUAUAUCGUUCAUUAUUUAAUUCAAUCAAAAAUCAACCAUUGAUUAUAAAUAAAGAAACAAAAUCAUUGAUUUCAUUUGAUUUAAAUAAAGAUUUUGAAGAAAUUUCAGAAAAUCUUCCACCAUUUUAUAUUCGUUUACCAAAUUUUUCUGAUAAUGAAGCAAAAAAUUGGUUUUAUAAUUCAACAUAUUAUAAAAUAAAUUCUAAAACAUGUUCAAAUAAUUCUUGUGAACAAAAUGGAAUUUUAUUUAAUGAUAUAAAAGAACAUCUUUCAGUUAAAAUAGCAUUUAUUAAAAAUGGUCUUUAUUUAAAUGAUGAUUGUGGUUAUAAUUAUGGAGAUACAAAUAUUAGAAGAACAUUUCAAUAUGAUAAUGAAGCAACAGUUAUUUAUGAUAAAGCAAUUCUUUAUACAGUUCCUGAUGGAUGGGCUUUUCAACAUUUUCUUGAUGGUAUUGGACCAAAAUUAUCUCAUUCACGAUCUUAUUUAGAUAAAUAUCCAGAUGCUAAAAUAAUAAUAAUAAGCGGUGCUCGAUUUGAUCGAUCUGUCAAAGAAAUUUGGUCACUGCUUGGAGUUGAAGAAUCUUCACGAAUAAUUCAUUAUACAGGAAAUAUGAAAGUUGGUGCUCAUCUAUUAAUAAAUCCAUGUCGCACUCCUGGUAUUCAUCCUCGUUUAUGGCAUGAUGCACGUGAAAUGUAUUGGUCAAUAUCAAAUAUAUCAAAAUCAUUAAAUGAAAAUAAACGAAUUAAUUUUAUUUAUAUUCAACGUACACCAUCAAAUGCAAUGAAUGGAGGUCGACUUAUUUUAAAUGAACAAUCAUUUAUUGAUUUAUUAAAAGAAUAUUGUUUAAAAAAUUCUUUAAAUUAUAUUCAAUAUGAUCAUUCAAAAGAUGUCAAACAUAUAAAACAUCGUAUUGAACUUUUUUAUAAUGCUCGAUAUAUAAUUGGUGUUCAUAGUGGUGCUUUAUCAAAUAUGAAUUUUGCUCAAUCAGGAACAACAAUUAUUGAAAUAAUGCCUUUUAGAUCAAGCACAAGUUAUCUUCCAAUGACUUGUUCAAUGUUUAAUCCUGAAGAUUUAAAAGCAUGUGCUGGUUAUAUAUUAUAUACUCAAUCUCAAUUACUUAAUCAAACUUAUUGGAUGCUACCUACUGUUGUUAAUAAUCAAGGAAAUAUGAAUGUAGAUUUAAAUAGAGUGAAAAAUCUUCUUCAACAAAUUUAA